UACAAUUACAAUCUAAAUUUGUUUCCUGAAAUUGUAGGAAGUCUAGUCUAUUCAUUUUAUAGCAUUUAUCUUGGCUGUAUCGCUUCAUAUAAUUCCAAAAAACGAUUAGGAAGAAGGUCUUCCGCAAUGGUCUUCCGCAAUCUCGCAGAGAAGGCUCUACUCCACAGCUGUCUUAUCGGUCUUUCUGGCAUACAUCCAAUAGUUAAACUGAGAAGGCAGCCUCCUGCUAAUUACUAUUAGCAUAGCGAGCAUUAAAGAUAAACAACUGGGACGGUAUCUAACAGUUGGUUAACGUUGGUUUUGAUUGGAAAGGCGUUGGUCCAAAGGUCAGGCCCGACAACCCGCUCUCACAGUCGUUUCCAAGCCGGACUCAGUGGGUGAGAGAGCGACCGCUCAGAGGCAAGCCUCAAGAUGAAGCACUUACUACUUUUUGCCAUUGUCUUUGCUGCGUUUCACCUCGGCCAUUCUAUUAUCCCAGACUUUUGCCACCAACCCGAAGAUGAAGGCAUUGGACAGAAGUUUGAGUUUUUUUUCUUCUACGACGUCAACAAAGACCAGUGCAACCCGUUCAUAUAUAAAGGGGAGGGGGGCAACGGCAAUCGAUUCGGGAACGAACGGGAGUGCAUGAGGAACUGCACGGCCACUGUUGAACAAAGCUACCCCAAAGAUGUGACAACACUUUGCCUCCUGAAGAAGCUCAAUGGUGGAUGCAACGGCAAACAUCUGAGAUAUUACUACGAUGCAGUUCAUGGGAAGUGCAAAAAAUUCCUUUGGACAGGCUGCCAUGGAAAUGGAAACCGUUUUUUUGACCAUGACAGCUGCAAUGCUACCUGUGCUGGUAUCCAUGAUGACCAUGACGAAGAGGAAGAGGAGGAGCCAGACACGCCAAUUGCAAUCAUCUGUGGAGUUUUAAUUGGGCUCAUCGUCGCAUCAAUCAUCAUCACUAUCAUCGUCUUGACUGUUCAGUCUGAGAAAAAGCAAAAGGCCGCGGAAAAAAGAAAAGACGAGCAACCUCGAGCUCCUCUCAGGGGGGAGAGUCUUGAAAUGGCGUAACCCAACAAACACCUUGUGUGUGUGUGUGUACGUGUGUGUGGUUUUUUAAUAUGCUGAUGCCAUACUUAUGUGUGUGAUUCUCACUUUCUACGGAGCAUCUUGGAUAAAGGCGCACAUUUUCUUUUCGUCAUGUGCAACAGUAUGGCAUCAACGUAAGCAUUCAGCACCCAGCAAUCAUAAAGGCAAGCUCCAUUUGGUCAUUGUGAACAGUUCUGUUUUCUAUUGAGUGACAUUUGAGUUCAACACUUUCACUCCAGCAAUAAAUCGGGAGUUUUGCAGUGUUGUAGAUGAGCAAGUCACUCCAUACUAUAUUCUUUACAGGCACUGAAAAUAUGAUCGGCUUUUGUUUUAUUUCUCAAUGCAAAUCGAUUCCAACAUACAGUAUUUAAACUGUUUACUGUUGUACACACUGUGGCAUACUUUACUUGUAAAUGCCGAUUGUAACAAUGUAAGCUUAGAAUGGAAGUGUUGAACUCUUGUAACAUUUCCUCUCCAUAGAUAGGCUGUUUCAAAUAAAAUACGUCCAACUAAA